ACCGAAUUCUCUACAACCACCACGGCCAAGAUGAUCGUCGUGAGUGUGUUGCUGUUGUGUGUUGGUUGGGUGGCUGGCAGCCAUGCCACUGCUGGUGCCACUGACGCGUUCACUGGUGCCACUGCUGGUGCCACUGCUGGUGCCACUGCUGGUGCCACUGCUGCCUCAAACUAUUCCCUGGACAGCUGGAUGACGGCGUUGAUGCCGGUUAUUGGCACCAUGAGCCUGUUGGAUCUCUCGCUGCCAGGCACGCACGACUCCAUGACCUGGGACUUGUCCACAACCGUGUCCGAUGGCUCGAACGACCUGCCACCGCCCAUUGCGUGGGUGCUGCACGAGUUUCACGACUUUGCUCCCGGUCACUUCAUCAAGAAUCAGAGCAGGACGCAGGGCCUCAGCAUGACGCAGCAGCUGGACAACGGCAUUCGAUUCAUCGACUUUCGUAUCAUGUACACCAGCGGUCCAAACAACACCGCGUCAGCCACCCACGACUGGUACUGCUUGCACAUGCUGGAAACCAACAACAAGGCGAUGACAUACCUGCGAGAGGCCAAGACGUGGCUGGACGCCCACCCGGGCGAAAUGCUCGUGCUAUGGCUGUCGCGGCACGGUAACACGUGUGCCAAAGGCAACGACCAAUAUCCAAACGUGCCCGACCCCAUCAAAGUCGCGUUUUGGAGUCAGGUGGAGGCCCUGUUUGGCGACCUUCUCUUCGACGAAGCGCACGGGCUGCUGAACGAGACGACCAUCAAUGACAUGCGUGCGCGUCACCAACGCGUCGUCGUGUAUGCGUCGGACUAUGCACGCUUCACCAACAACAGCACGCGAGCCAUUGACGCAUGCCUCAUCGACAACCAGCUCGGCGACUCCGUGCAGAGCGAGAACGCCACCUUCCACACGCUCAUGGCCCGGUUCGCCGACGCAGACAACAUCAAGCGCAACGACAAGCAGCAGAACCGGCUGUACCUGCAGUCCAUGGCUGCUGGCGCCCCCUUGCAGCAGCUGGAGAUGGCUGCACUGCUGCACUUCUUGCCCAAGAUCGCCCACCGCGACAACGCAACGGCCAAGUGCGCCGCUGUGUUUGCCAUCCCGGGGCUCACGGCAUGGUGCCCGCCAACCCUUAUGGACAUCUCCUUGCUCACCAACUACUACAACCAGCGCAUCCUGGACGCUGUCAUCACGCACAACCUCGCGCUGCCCAACGCCAUCUACAUUGACGCCGUGGACACCGAUGGCACGAUUCGCACAGGGACCACCCUGCUUGAUCGUGCACCGCUGCAUGGUGCGAAUGGCGUGAGUGGUGCGAAUGGAACGACAGCGUUUGCGUAUGUUGAUACCAUGGUGCUGUACAACUUGAAGCGCGCGUGUGCCGCCGCCCAAAGUCGCAGCAGCACCUCUGAGGUGUGUCAUGAGUUGCCGCCCGUGCUGGAGGCGAGAAGGAAAUCGCACCCGCUGCAGACAUGGAACGACCCAACACACGGCAGGCUGCUUGGCUGGCCAUAAGCACGCGUGCAUGUGGCGUGUGUAUGUUUACUUGCAUGCAUGUAUGUGUGUUUGUGUUUAGCGUGUGUCUAUUGUAUAUGUGCGUGUGUAUGCAUGUUGAGUGUCCUUUGUGUCUUGUGUGUUGCAGCCGAUCAGGUUGCUGAUAUUGUUACACGA